AUGUCGGCUGACACAAAGCACGAGUCUCUCCAACCCCUCCAUCCGUCCAUGGAGGGCAAACUUGAUCCCGCCUUCGAGAAGCUCUACAACGAAAACGUUGCCCACAGGCCGCUGAAGCCAAUCGACCUCCAGGAGCUGCGUGCCACCUACUCGGUUCUCUACAGCUAUGGCAUGGCUCCCGCGCCGGACGUUGGGCGCAUCUACAACGAUGUGGUGCCACUGGCCGAUGGCACGCAGCUUCCAGUGCGUGUCUACCAACCGGAGACUCCAGGACCGUGGCCAGUGCACAUAGACUUCCACGGCGGCGGCUGGGGCCUGGGUGACCUCGAGACGGAGGCUCAUAUCUGCAAGCACUACUGCAAAAAGGCGAACGUGGCUGUCAUCGACGUCGCCUACCGCCUAGUGCCCGAGGUGCCCUUCCCUACGGCCAUCAUAGACAGCUUCGCUGCGGUCGAGUAUAUCCACCGCCAGGGCGCACAAAAGUUCAACAUCCGCCCAGACAGCAUCUCAGUUGGCGGCGUGUCUGCUGGCGGCUGCAUCUCUCUGGCAAUGGCGCACUUGGCCCGCGACGCUGCCAUUCCCCUGCGCCUUGUGGCCGUGGGAACGCCUGUUAUUGACGACCUCUCGCAGUACGCCUCGGCUAGUGACUCGCCCUGGCCAUCGAUGCGCGAAAACGAGUUUGCACCGACGCUCAAUUGGGCACGGCUGGCCUGGUUCGACAAGCUUAAGAUGUCUUCAUUGCCCACGGAGCCCGAGGCGCACGAGGCCGCCAAGGAGCGCAUCGGCUGGUUCGCCAACCUUCUCAAGGCGCCCAACUUCAAGGACUUGCCACAUACGCUCAUCUACACAGCCGGGGCUGAUCCUUUGAGGGACGAGGGCGAGAGGUAUGCGCAGCUGCUGAUCGAGCAUGGCGUCGAGGUAACGCAGCGGCGCUUCCCCGGAGUUCCGCACCCGUUUAUGCACAUGGACAAGACACUGUGGCAGGCGAGGGACUUCAUUGAUGGAACAGCAAGGGCGAUUCGGAUAGCGCAUGGUGACUCGCCGUCCCCGCUACAGAUAGAUCGGCGCCGCUCGUACAAAUCUGAUAUUAUCUACCGGGGUCCUCCUCCAUUGCAUAUUCCCGAAUCCUACUUGGUUUCUUAUACCACCUACCGCUCCUGUGGGCUCAGACAGCCUCUCCCGAUCGUCGCCCCGUCUUCGACCAGCUCUCUGCCAACUGACCCUGUUUUGGUUGAUGCCGUUACCGAUAUGUCGACCGAACUUAUUAUCAGAGGCGGCAACAGCCCGGCCAUGAGCUCUUCCAGCAGCAGCAGUAGCGGCGACAGCCAUUAUUCCACGGACCACCACUUUGGCAGCUUACCGCCUGCAUCAUCAUCAGGCAGUGGAUUUGAGCUUGGACUGCCCGUCGAUAGGGCAGCCUGGGAUGUGCACGGCUCACCCCCGGUGAGUUGGCAGGAUUCCAUUACGCCAAUGAGCUACGGCAGCCCUCACUCAGAUUCUCACGAUUCUCUAACUGUAUCACCCGUAUCAUCCAUGUCAACUCUAUCGGUGUAUAACCCGCAGUCGUUGCCGCAACUGUCAUCACCACACGAUAGAGCUUUACUCAACCAUUAUAUAACCAUUGUGUCUUCUCUGCUCUCUCGCCGCAUGUCACAUUCGAAUCCCUACAACGGCUAUCUGCUGCCUAUUGCUCAUUCCAACGAUCUCGUGAUGCACUGUGUGCUGGCUCUUUCGGCCAAUCACUGGCGCAAAUUGCAGCCUCAGCUGGCCGAAAGAGGCAUCUAUCACCAAAGCAAAGCAACCCAGUCACUGGCCAGGCUCUUGCCUCAUGUGGACAAAUCAAAUGCCGACAUUGCCCUUGUCAGCAGUCUGCUACUCUGCAUGACAGAACUGUUUGAUGGCACCAGCGAGGGGUGGCAGCUCCAUCUAAAAGGGGCCAAGAGGCUGCUGACGGCAUUGAUGAACCAGCAACAGGGAGAUCGCAUCCAUGGCCACAACAAGUUUCUCGUGCGGCUUGCUCGAUUUCUCGACUCUGCCGCUACUACAUCAACGUGCAAGCCCCCGCUUAUGGGCGAGGAUGCACACGAAGCGGCCACGCUGGAUCGUUUAACAUCUGCUCCCGACGAGGAAGAUUCUGCCAUUUAUGGCAUUCCAAAAGAACUAUUCCACCUGGUUGACGUAGUCAAUGCACUUGCUGACAAGCGGAAAACUCGCGAAGCCACACAAAUCGAAGAGCGUAUCAACCACUGGUCUUAUGAAUAUGGCGGCCUAUCACGCGCGGCUUGGACCAUUAACCUGGCCAAUGAUGAUGUGCUCCACGCAACAAUGGCUUACGAAUAUGCCAUCAGGCUUCGCCUUCACCAGAUUGUUGAGGGGUACGAGGUCAACGAUCCCAGAGUCAUUACUAACGUUGAGGGAAUCCUGGAGUCGGUGCAAAAGAUUCGCUACGGUAGUGCCUUGGAACCUUGCCUCAUGUACCCCCUAGUUAUGGCCGGGGGUGCAUGUUGGACUAUGGAGCAGCGCGUUGUCAUCCAAGACCGCCUCCUCGUCAUGGAGCGCACCUGCGGCUUUGGAUACAUUUACAAUGCGCGGGAGCUGGUAGAACGCGUCUGGAAGAUGAGAGAUGAGACCGAUGGCACCGGUACUAUUGUCAACUGGGCACGGAUUCGAUACGAGGAGAUGCAUGGCCUAGCUGUAUUCUAA